AUGACUGAUGAAUUGAGAGAAUGCUUUGAAGAAUCUAAAGAUCCAGUGACGUGUGAACGAGAAAUAUGUAUAGCAAAGAAGAAAGGAUUUGCCACAAAACACAAUGACAUUGACAUGAAGAAAUUAGAGGAACUCAUAGAUGAUGAAUUCUGUGAAGAUACUAAACUCUUAGAAGAUGUAAAGACGAACUGUCUUAAUGAAAAUUUCGAGAAGUACGCCCCAUCAGAGUAUUGUAACUUUACUAAAAUGAGACAUUGUGUUGCUGUGUGGAUGUUGAGUCAUUGCCUUGAAUGGCAUGACAACGCGGAUUGCAAAGAAAUGAAGGGAUUUGUGGAAAAAUGUGUGAAAAUGAGCCAAUGAAAAUUCUUUACUGCCUGAAAAGAGGCCGUGGAGACCCGAGCAAUGGAAAUUUCUAAUUAAAUUAAACUGGAGCACUUAAA